CCAAAACAUGGCGAUGAUAAGAAUACCCGCYGAAGCYUUYAGGGUAUUCUUUCUCUGUAUAGUCUGGUACACGAUCAGUUCAACWAAUAGUGUAGUUGGAAAGAAACUGCUCAACGAGUUCCCUCAUCCAACAACUGUAGCMUUUGCACAAGUGCUGUGUACCGCUCUCUUUCUCGGCCCCACGCUCGUAAUAUGGUCAGUUCCUAAAGCUGUAGAGAUUCCAACACCGGCGUUUUGUAAACUGAUUAUUCCUCUAGCUUUUGGUAAAGCUUUAGCGGCAGUGUCAGCUUAUUUUAGCAUAUGGAAAGUUCCAGUUUCAUACGCCCAUACCGUCAAGGCCACAAUGCCUAUUUAUACAGUAAUUUUAUCAAGAAUCAUUUUAGGUGUAAAACAUACAACAAUGGUCUACCUUUCUCUCAUACCCAUCGUUUUUGGAGUUAUGGUUGCUACAGUAACAGAGCUGUCUUUUGACAUGGUUGGUCUAUUGAGUGCUUUGUUAGCAACAGUUACGUUCUCAGUGCAAAAUAUUUUUACUAAAAAGGCAUUCAAGGAGUUACAUAUCAACCACCUAAGACUGCUUUAUCUUUUAGCAAGAAUAUCAACAAUUAUUGUCUUUCCUUUCUGGGCACUUUAUGAUUUGAGAAAAAUUUUAACUUAUUCAGAUUUGAGUCAAGAAAGUAUUCUAUGGCUUACAAUUAUGCUUACMGUGACUGGAUUUCUUAACUUUAUGCAAAACAUGGUUGCUUUUACAGUCCUCUCCCUUGUUACUCCACUCAGUUAUUCAGUAGCGGCAGCAACAAAAAGAAUAUUAGUCAUAUYGUUUUCGUUGUUUAUGCUUCGGAAUCCUGUCACUCUUGUCAAUGCSCUGGGAAUGUUAACAGCUAUAAUWGGAGUUCUUUUAUAUAAUAAGGCAAAAUACGAUGCUCACCAGAUGAAAUACACUUUACCUACAGUCAGCAAAGGGCUAGAUCACGUGAACGGUCACGUGAAUGGUCACGUGAACAAUCAAAUGAACAAUACAGAGGAAAAACAUGUGACACGGCAUCACACCUAUAACGUUAUAUGAACACCCCCUCACCACCCCACACAGACAAAAGAUUUUAGACAUAUUUAUAGUAAAUGAAUUCUUAUAAUAUAAUAUACCAUUUUUAUUCUAGCAUUGUUUCUUGAUGCUGUAAGGAAAGGGAAAGGGACAAUUUUUAGGGAAUUUUAGCAUACAAGAAAGUCAAUUUUAAAAGUUUUCUUCAGCGGUUAAACGUACGUUCAGUAAGCUAUUGUGUGUUAACCGUAACUGUCGCAUGCGUCUAAACGUAACAGCAUUACCGUAGGUUUGGCGUGGAAAACAACAAUCGUACAAUCCGGAUAUCUUUGAAAGGAAAACGUAUACGUAAAAGGAAACGUAUAAAUACUAAUGAUACUAAAGAAUAUGCGUUUUACGAAGAAAUCCGGAUACGCGUAAACGCAACCAAAUACGUUGCGAUCAGAUGCAGGUCGGUACGACAAAACUGAGUUAAACCCAAGCCUCGAACACGCGCCUCGAACAUUUUCUCAUUUUAGAAAAUAAAAUAUKGAAGAAAACA